AUGCUUUUCUUCCCAUUUUGUACCGGAGCAGCGCUCCUAUGUGUUUCUUCUGUGAUUGCUAAGCCAAUCACCAAAUUUGACCAUGUACUUGUGCGCGACAAUGACCUCGGAGAAUUGUCAAGCACCACUCUCCUAACGCUCGAGGUGCCCACUGAUUCCUGUGAGGAAGAUGAGGCUUUCGAGACCACACUCCCUACUGCGACGUCCGCAUUGUCUUCCGGAGCUACCGAAGAUGAUUGCUCAGACGAGGAGGACGGCUCAAACGACAUCGAGCCCACUGAUUCGUGCGAGGACGAUGGGGCUUUCGAGACCACGCUUCCGGAUGCGCCGUCCUCAUUGUCCUUAUCUAUUCCGGCAAAGGCGUCGACCCUGUCCUCCGAGAUAGGUUUUGCCACGUCUGUUCAAACAUCCAAGCCCAUUCAAACACCCGAGCAGUCGAAUAUUCCUACGUCAGAAAACGGAGUUAGCCGCUCUGACGGGUGUGGAAAGAAGCCUUCCUUGGCAAGUGGUACACACACCAUCAAGGUUAACGGCCAGGAUCGUCAAUACAUUCUCGACAUCCCAGACAACUACGACAGGAAUCAAGGCCACAAGCUCAUAUUUGGCUUUCAUUGGCUUGGUGGCACCAUGAAUGAUGUAGUCAAUGGGGGCUACUACGGCCUGAAGGGCCUAGCAGAAAACGCAGCCAUUUUUGUUGCGCCACAGGGCUUUGACAACGGCUGGGCUAAUACCGGCGGCAGGGACUUGGCACUUGUUGACGAGCUGAUGAAAACCAUCGAGGCAGAACUUUGCAUUGAUACGAGUCAGCGCUUUGCUACUGGCUUCAGUUACGGCGGCGGGAUGUCAUAUUCCCUGGCUUGCUCUCGUGCCAGUUCCUUCCGUGCAGUUGCCGUUCGUUCUGGUGCCCAAUUGAGUGGAUGUGAUGGGGGCAACACGCCAAUUGCUUAUCUCGGGAUGCAUGGCAUCAGCGAUACUGUCCUCUCGAUCGAGAUGGGACGUUCCCUUCGAGAUAAGUUUGUUCGCAACAACGGCUGUCAAGCAUUGACCCCUGAAGAGCCGUCGUCGGGCAGCAAGACACAUAUAAAGACAGAGUUCUCUUGCAAGUCGGGCUACCCAGUUACGUGGAUCGCUUAUGAUGGGGGACACGAUGCAUAUCCUAAGGACAACGCUUCUGGAAAUGGUGGUAAUAAUGACUGGGCGUCUACGGAGACCUGGGAAUUCUUUUCUCAAUUUUCCUAG